GUAGGGUAGGUUGUGAUAGCGACAGAUGUCUCGCUGACUGUGAGGGAAGCAGGAGGGGUGCGCGCAGAGCAGAAACACACGGUCUCAUAUUGGACCACGGGGAGCGAGCAGGAACGGGCGCAGCUGUCAGUCGCGAGCUUGCCUCCUCAAUUCAAAGCUAUUCUUGCAGAGGGGGAAGAACAACUAUCCGACUCUUCCCACCACACCGCUUUCAAGGGAUCAUCUUAGCAGCAAACCAGAACUCACCAUGGGAGCCAAGCUAAGCAAGAAGAAGAAGGGGUAUGAUGUCAGUGACCCGAAGGAGAAGAAGGAGGAGGCGGCAGCUGUGGCCCAGGUAGAACAGAAGGUGGAGGCGGCGGAGGCUGCACCCGAACAGGCUGAGGCAGCCCCCACUACUGAAGCUGCAGCUCCUGCGGCAGAGGAACAGGUAGCCGAGGCAAAGGAGGAACCUGCAGCCGCUGCACCGGUAGAGCCUGCUGCUGAACCAGCCGCAGCACCUGAGGAACAGACUGCAGCCGCACCUGAGGAACCUCCAGCAGCAGCACCCGAAGAACCUCCCGCAGCAGCACCUGAGGAACCUCCAGCAGCAGCACCUGAGGAACCUCCAGCAGCAGCACCCGAAGAACCUCCCGCAGCAGCACCUGAGGAACCUCCAGCAGCAGCACCCGAAGAACCUCCCGCAGCAGCACCUGAGGAACCUGCAGCAGCCGCACCUGCGGAACCUCCAGCACCCGCUCCAGAGGAACCUGCAGCAGCCGCACCUGAGGAACCUGCAGCAGCACCAGAGGAACCUCCAGCACCCGUUCCAGAGGAACCUCCAGCAGCAGCACCCGAGGAGCCUUCCACACCCGCUCCAGAGGAACCUCCAGCAGCCGUUCCAGAGGAACCUCCAGCAGCAGCACCCGAGGAGCCUUCCGCACCCGCUCCAGAGGAACCUCCAGCAGCCGUUUCAGAGGAACCUCCAGCACCCGUUCCAGAGGAACCUGCAGCAGCACCAGAGGAAGCGGCAGCUGAGGAACCUGCAGCAGAACCAACACCAGAGCCAGAAACGACGCCAAAGCCAGAGCCUAUACAAGAGGUGGUAGUAGUGGAGGAGAUAGAAAUUGUCCAAGAGGUCGUGGGCGAUGUGGAAGUCACAGAAGUGAUUGAGGUCACGCAAGUCACCUUAGUUGCUGCUGCUCCAGAGCCAGAACCGGAGCCUGAAGCCGAACCAGAACCACAGACUGUCACUGAGCCAGAGGAGUCAUCCACAGCACCCUCAGAGCCAGAGGUGGCAUCUGCUGCUGCCACCCCUGUGGAAGCCGAGCCAGAGCCCGUGUUGGAGUCAGAGCCUGCCGCUGCCCCUGAGCCAGAACCAGAGCCCGUGUCAGAGCCUGCCGCUGCCCCUGAGCCAGAGCCAGAGCCCGUGUCAGAGCCUGCUGCUGCCCCUGAGUCAGAACCAGAGCCCGUGUCGGAGUCAGAGCCUGCCGCUGCUGCUGUCUCAGAACCAGAGCCCGUGUCGGAGUCAGAGCCUGCUGCUGCUGCUGCCGUCUCAGAGCCAGAAAGCGCUGAGGCUGCUGCCGCCCCAGCCGUCGAGGAUUCAGCCGAGGCCAUCCCCGAGAUCGUCAUCUCUGAGUCCACGUCUACCAACGAACUCUCCACUGAGGAGGCCGCCGCCUCCGAUGCGGCGCCGUCGUCACCCAGUGAAGAGGCGCCGGCUGUGGACGCGCCACUGGAUAACGGCGAGUGUGAAAGCGCCCCGGAGGAGCCCGCUUCCGCACCGGAGGUCAACGGCGUGAGCGAGAAGGCCGCACCUGAACCCGUAUCAGCGGAGCAGCCCGCUGCGCUGGCCGAGCAGCAGCCGGCGGAGGAGUGUGUGAAUGGCGUGGUGCAGCCAGAGGAGGAGCAGGCCCCCCAUGAGGCCCCCAGUGACUGUGAACUUAAAAAGGACUUGAGCCAGGUGGACGCCCUGAUCCCAGACAUCGUCGAGGCUGCAGUGAGUCAGGUGGUCGACAUCAUCUGAGAAACUAACUUAACAACAGAAAAGCAAAUAAUAACAAAAAACAACUGUGAAUCCUGUUUUAACGAUGUAAACAAACAAAAACACCAACAAACAGUACAAGAACAUCAAUAAACACCUCCUUUUGCAACACACGCCUCUGAAGAUAAAGCUUCAAGCGAACGUGUUGCAGUAACUCAGGCAAAGGAAUUUCUGGUUAGCCAAAAAAAAAAAAAAAAAAGAAGAAAUCCAACCACUCAAGAGCUGAGAGUGAGGGUGAGCAUGACGAAGAGAGAAAAGUGAGUGAGAUGUGAAUGAGUGAGGACACAAUUGAGCGAGAGAAAGGCACAAAGAGUCCAAGUGUGUCUCUUGUGAGGGCCGAGGGGCUGCUGGUCCUGUAGUAGCAGGCCCAGGAGAGACCAAUGCCAGACCCAUUUCAGUGAUGAAAAACUGCUGAGAAGAGAGAAGGUGAAAGGGGGUAAAAACUGGACCACAGAACAAAAUACAAUAACAAAGGAAACUAUGAAUGGAAUGAGUAGUCUUGUCUUUGUGUGUGAGCCUGAUGAAUAUUAAGACAAAAAAUGUUUUAUUGGAUUAGCAUUUAAUAGUAUAUAAUCUAAUUUUGACUUUCACAUAUCCUUUCCGUAACUAUGUAAAACAAGAUUAAAGGAUAAGACCUUUCUGACCUUUCCAUAACAGAGAAGCAGUGAGGAAUGUUAAUUUUAACUUGAUGGCUUGGCUUAGAAAAUAAAAGAGACUGUUAUACCUUAA